AUGGAGGAGCAAGGAAGAAAAGGGAAGCGGGUGUUGUUUUUUCCAUUGCCAUUGCAAGGACACAUAACACCUAUGCUUCAACUAGCAAACAUCCUUCACUUAAAUGGCUUUUCUAUAACUAUAAUUCUCGCGGACAACUUCAACACCACUUUCAAUAAUAUUCGUGCAAACUAUCCUCAUUUCACCUUUCACACUAUUUCUGAUGGUUUAUCUGAAGAUGAUAAGGCAAAAACAGAUAUUGAUGCCUUAUUUCUGCUUUCUUUGUUCAACGAAAAGUGUGCUCCACACUUCACAGAGGCUUUGAGACAGUUAAUGUUGGAAGAUCCAAAUAUUGUUUGCUUAAUAUCAGAUAGUAUCUUGCAUUUCACCAAUUCCGUUGUGGACAGCUUUAAGCUUCCUAGGCUUGUUUUAAGGACCGGAGGAGUUUGUUCAUUAUUGGUUUUUGCAGCCUUACCACUUCUGCAAAACAAAGCUUAUUUUCCUCUUCAAGGUAUUGAAUCUCAACUAGAAGAAGCAGUUGAGGAACUUCCACCUCUCAGAAUUAAAGACCUUCCUUUAUUCAAGACAUAUAACGUGGAUGCACUUUAUCAAGUUAUUCAAGAAAUGAUACGAGAAACUAAAGCUUCAUCAGGCCUCAUUCUCAAUUCAUUUGAACAACUUGAGCAAUUCUCCAUGUCUAAACUCUGCGAUGAUUUUCCUAUCCCAAUUUCCCCAAUAGGCCCCUUUCACUCUCAUUUUCCAGCUUCUUCCAGCAGCUUGAUGUCACAAGACCAAACUUCAAUCUCUUGGCUAGACACUAAACCACCUAAAUCUGUAAUUUACGUCAGCUUUGGAAGCCUUGCAGCAAUAGAAAUUAAUGAAUUUCUUGAGAUUGCUUGGGGCUUGGCAAACAGUAAUCACCCUUUCUUGUGGGUGGUUAGGCCCGGGUUGAUUCGUGGCUCAGAAUGGAUCGAAUUGUUACCUAGUGAGUUCUUGGAGACAGUGGAUGGAAGAGGACACAUUGUCAAAUGGGCUCCUCAGCAACAAGUGUUGGCACAUCCUGCUGCUGGGGCAUUUUGGACGCACAACGGGUGGAAUUCAACAUUGGAGAGUAUAUGUGAAGGAGUACCUAUGAUUUGUAUGCCAUGUUUCGGUGAUCAAAUGGUGAACGCAAGGUACGUUAGCCAUGUUUGGAAAGUAGGAGUGCAAUUAGAGAAUGGCAUGAAGAGGACGAGCAUUGAGAAUGCAAUUAGAACGCUGAUGGAGGAGGAAGAAGGGAAACAAAUUAAAGAAAGAAUGUUAGAGCUGAAGGAGAAGGCAAAUUCAUGUUUAAAGCCAGGAGGCUCUUCUUAUGAGUCUCUGAGGAGCCUUACGAGUUACAUCUCAUCAUUUUGAUCAUGUUUAUCUUCAGUUCAUGGACACUCAUUUCAUCUUUAUUUUGUGUGGAUCUACAAUUAAUUUGACAAUAAAAAUUUA